CAGUUGCAGCUGAAAUCCCAGAUUCUAUUGGGAGAAGUGUAGACCGGCCAAACUUGGCGGCAGAAGAGAAUGUUGUGCUUAGCGUGAGAUAGCAAAUUAAUUAUAAAAGGAUUUGUCUUAUCUGUGAAAUUAGGAGUGCACAUGAUUUUUUAUGGUUUUCUUACUUGAAUGUAACAAGUUAUGUAAUUUGUUAAAAAAGCAUAAAUGGAAAAUGUUGCUUCUAAUGUUUUAAAUUGAAGAGAUGUUUGUAUUUUAAAUAACUUCCUGAAAAGUGUGAUUUUCGAAUUUCCUAAAAAGCAAGCUCUUUCUGGUCAAUAAUAAAUUUCUUUUGUGAAAAUGAUUUGCAGAUCUGAAAAAUUUUAUCGCAUUAAAAAUUCUGCUAGUUUCUCACCCGUACCCUUUGGAUACUUUAAUGCGGUAUAUUGCACUGGUGCAACAUAACAAUUCAAGAGGAUCUAGUUUGUGUUUAUUGAAAUAAAUUAUUAUAUUAUUUUUUUUAUAUUGCUGAAUUAAAAUUAAUUAUUAGAUAUCAUGACUUGAUUGUGGACAACUGGAAUGCGCAUGCGCGUGGCUCCAGCCAAAUAUGGCGACGGAUGGCUCUAAAUCGAAUGCGAAUUCUGGUGGGGGACUUGUUCGGGUUGGAUUUUACCACCUUGAAAAAACCAUUGGCAAGGGAAACUUUGCUGUGGUCAAGCUAGCCACUCAUAUAAUUACAAAAACUAAGGUGGCUAUUAAAAUAAUAGAUAAAACUCAUCUAGAUGAAGAUAACUUAAAGAAGAUAUUACGGGAAAUACAAAUAAUGAAAACGCUUCACCAUCCUCACAUUAUUGCUUUAUAUCAGGUUAUGGAAACUGAAAGAAUGAUAUAUCUGGUUACUGAAUAUGCAAGUGGAGGUGAAAUAUUUGAUCACUUGGUUGCACAUGGGAGGAUGAGUGAAAAAGAAGCGAGGCAUAAAUUUAAGCAAAUACUAUCUGCUAUCCAUUACUGCCAUGAAAGGAAUGUGGUUCAUCGAGAUUUAAAAGCUGAAAAUUUAUUGCUAGAUGAAAAUAUGAACAUAAAAAUUGCUGAUUUCGGGUUUAGUAACUAUUAUGAAAUGGACAAAAUGCUGUCAACAUGGUGUGGAAGUCCCCCCUAUGCUGCACCAGAAUUGUUCGAGGGAAGACAAUACAAUGGCCCCAAAGCUGACAUCUGGAGUUUGGGAGUUGUAUUGUAUGUGUUGGUCUGUGGAGCUCUUCCUUUUGAUGGUAGCACAUUGCAUUCAUUGCGGAACCGGGUACUGGCUGGAAAAUUUAGGAUACCUUACUUUAUGUCUAAUGAAUGUGAACAUCUGAUAAGGCACAUGCUAAUAGUAGAUCCAGCAAAAAGGCUCUCAGUCGAUCAGAUAAUCAAACACAAGUGGAUAACUCUGGAUGAAGAUGAUGAGUUUGAGAGAACUCUCAAAAAGUUCAGUGUGAACGCUGCUAAGCAAGAAGAGGAGCCUGUCUGUGAAGUUGUGAUAGAUUACAUGCUCCAGCUACCUGCCUUCAAGAGAGAAGACAUCGUCAGUUCUGUGAAAGAAACCAAGUUUGACCAGUACAGUGCUAUGUACCAACUGCUGUUAGAAAAAAUAAAGCAACAUCAACGUAUGGCCUUAUUGCCCCAGAAUCUGCCAGUCUCUGCCCAACCUCAAAGAAAAGCUAGUAUUACAACUGGAGUUGUGGAAAAAUCACCUCCUGCUGAAGUUUCUGUUGAAAAUGAUCAGCCAGCUACACCCAAGCCCAUGUUCAGCCCAAUACCAAUUGUUCAGCUGGUCACUGAGAAUGAGAAUUUGGAAAAGUUUGGAGAUGUUGAAUUGGAAUCAGAUGAAGAUGAUAAACAGAAUGAAAAUGCCCAUUCUCAAUAUCAUGUUGUGAGAAGACACACGGUCGGACCAGACAAUGCAGAUGCCCCUGAUCCUGGUGCAGUCGGGUUUCUUCCUAGAGGAGCUCCCUACUAUGGCCCCACUCUUCAUCCUGGAACAGCACUGCCGGUCAGCGCACUGCCCCACACCAACUUGCCUCAAAAUCUGCCCCUUGUCCAGAACCAAAAUCCUCAAAUGUUCUGCGUAAAAGACCAACACUUACUGAAGCCACCCCAAGUACUUGGUGCAGCCGGAGGGUUUGGUCGUCGAGCUUCAGAUGGAUGUGCCAACACAUCAAACAACUACUAUCAACGCAAACCUGGACAACAAGGGCAGUCGCCGAACAAAGAAAGACCUGCAACUAUGUCCCCAAACAGCACUUUACCUCAAGGUCUUCAGGCUUUGGCACUUCAUGAAGAUGAGAACCAAGAACAGGAAGAACAGCUAAUGACUGACACAACUGUUCAAGGUUACUCAGUGUGGGAGCAACCUCAGAAUAUUCGCAUUGGAAUCAGUCCGCCAGAGGAAACACAGAAAAAGAUGCCUCCAAUGAAACAAAGGAGGACGGGUCUGCUGACCGUCAUGAAUGAAAAACCAGCCGCUGUGAAAUACAGAUAUUGUCAGCAACUUCAAUUUUUUCUGCCCCCAACGGAAUACAACUUAUUUUGUACCAAUGGAUCUGGUCGUGAAAGUUUGCGAGAGACUGCUUCUUUACAGUCGACGUCUGGGCGCUACUCCCCAGUUAGACGAGCAAGUGAUGGCUGCUCACCUGUCACUUAUUACAGGAAUCAACUUGAUAGAAUCUAUUGCCAGACCCUCACUGGUCCACAGACGAGUCCUGACAGUUUUAAAGCUGUUCUCCAGGAAUAUCAACAGUUGCAGCAAAUGCAUUCUGGAGCAAUGGAUUCAAGAGUGUCAGCUGAAAUGCAGAGACAACAUUGUCUUCACAUACAGCAGAUGGCUCAACUGCAGCCUUCUGGUUACCUUACAUCUAUUUCCUCUCCCCCAUCUAUUGCGGGUUCACCCAUUCAUCAGGCCCAAUCAAAUGUUGGAGGUUCCCCCUCUGCUCUUUCUCAACACCUUCAGAAUCUUCAUCUACAGCAGCAAGCUGGUGGUCCUAUAACCUUCACGGGUUUAGAGUGUCCUUUACAAGCAUUCCAAAGAAUACAAGCUAUGUCUACACCUCACCACAGUAGUCCAACAUCUCCUUUGCCUCUAUUUCCUUCCGAUACUUCUCCUACACGUUUACCAGUUUGUACCUCUCCUCAGCAACAAUCCUCUCCUACUCACUUAUACACUUCUGUGACUUAUGCCCCCCAGCAAAGUGGUAACAGUCCCCCUCCUGUCAGUUACCAGAAUCUAGAAAUGAUACAGGAGGACAUUUCAGAUCAUGUUAUACCUGGUGGAAGUGAUACAAUGUUAACUGUGGUCACUAGUGACGAUCGGUCGUCACCGACUUGCAGGCAGAUGGGAUAUCCGCAAAUCAGUAUUACUGAUGAAACGGGUCAUGUGAUGGUAACUUCUGCAUCAUUGACUGGACAAACUGUUUUGCACGACUCUGCUCCUCGAAAGCAGCUUUUGCAACGUCAGAAAAGUGAUGUGGUGCAGGUGGCUGUACCGAAACGGUAUCAGCUGUCGGCUAGCAUCGACGAACACGUCGUGAGAGGUGGCCGUAGAGCCUUUGUACGGCAAAGUAGUAGGGAGGCAGAGGAUAGGGAUAUAGCAACCGAGUUUGCCAUGUGUGGAAGUUCUAAGUCAUUAUUACGAUGGGCAACCAAACAGUCAAUACGACAAUCCUACGUUCACGCCAAGCAUUUGAGGCAAACAUUUCCUCCUAUUGGUCAUAUCUCAUCUCCCAUGGGUAAAAAAUUAUGUCGUCAAACUUUAGGUCAACACAUUUCUACCAGUGACCCUACACCCAAUCCGUGGGCCGGAAAGCCUUCGAACUGGUGGAGUAAAAAAUCUGUGUUCAGAGAGCAUCAGUUACACAAAACUCCCAGCGGCAGUGUCCAUGUGUCUCUACCAACAACUGAACGCUCUUUCACUUGCGAAGCGGACAUUCUGCAAGAGAUUCAGCAGCAGCUGGACCCGAUCGUCCGGGGGUUGUCGAUGAUGCUGCAGCGAUCGGAAAGGGGACUCGCCGUCGAGCACCCGGCAGGUGUUCAGAUAGAACUCGAAGUUUGUGACGGCCCUCAUCCGGAUGACAAGCGUUUGAAGAUGAGGCGAAUAUCGGGUGAUAGUUCACAGUAUAAUGAAAUUUGCAGGGAACUGAUAAAUGGCAUUAACAUAUGAAAAUGAGUGAGCUUGAAGUGUUGCCAUAAUCUUCCACUUAAAGUCAUGUGCUAGUCUGUGGCUGUUUGGGAAUGCUUACUAGUCAAGUCUUCUAUUGAUUCAUUCCCUUAAACAGAGGUUAUAGAAUUCAAAAGCAGGUCCGAAGAGGAUUCUGCCUUAGAAAACAUAUCCACCAAUCAUGUUGCUCAGCUUGUAUAGGGAUAUAUCUAUAGUAAAAAUACUUUUUUGCACGUUCUUUCUUUUUAUCUUUUGUUGUUUUCAUGAAAGUGAUCCUGAAGUGCAAAAACAUAGGUUAUAUGUGUUGAUACUGGACCAAUACAUGUUAGUGUUCGGAUGCUGCUCAAUGUGUGCUGGUCUCUUGGCAGGCCAUUGACAAUUGUAACAAUCAAGUGAAAAUGCGUGAUUUAAAUUAACUUUAAAGACUCUGUAAUAUAUGUAAAUAUUGUAUGGAUUGUUCUCGUUAUCAGUUGAAAUUGCUCUUGUACCGCUUACACAUGUACAUUAAGAAUGUGUAUAAUGUUUAGUCUGUUGUAGAUACAAUUUAUAAUUGUUGUGUUUAAAUAUCAAAAGAUUGACUGAGUUUUUUCGAAAUUUUUCACAUUUCUAGAAUAAUAACAAAAUAGAAAAUAUGUCAGAUGCAGAUUUAGUGCUACAGAUUCUAUUGUCUGACAUCUGUGAUCAUUAAAUUAGAAUUCAAAAUAGAUGAGUACUAACUUUAUUUCUCCACUAUUUUCAAUUUACUGUUCACACAUAAAGAGAGGAAAGCACAAUAUUUUCGAAACAAAACAAACAAAAAAAAUCACCAAUCCAAAUUCUAAAAUAAUAGGUCUGAUUUCUAAUUUCGUUAAAAAAAAUUUGUUGUCUGCAGUUCCUAUAAUGUUUAAUUACAAUCUAUGCAUUAUAAUUAAUUAUGAUCUAUGCAUUCAGAAAAGGACCUUUAGAGAUCUACAAGUUUGAGGUUGUACGGUUAGUAAUAAAAAUUUUUAAUUACUUAAAUAACAAUGUUCUGUUUUAUAAUGACAAUUUAUUAAAAAAAAAACUAAAUUAAAAUUAAUUAUGAUCACAAACUAAGCCAUCAUCAAUAGUGGUUUAAGGCAGUGGCCUGUCAUCAUGAAGGACAGAAUUCUAUACCAGGUAGCGGUCCAUCAUCCAGCUUCAGAUCAAUAAUUACCCACUUGUCUGAGCAGUGACCCAUGCGAGUAUAUUUUAUUGCCAUCAUCCAACCAUUGAUCACAAAAUUGGUGGGCUAUAACUUCCAAUACUCUCUUGGCUAUCAACUGGCUGUUUCUGGAGUGCUUUGUUUAGUGAUCACAAACAAGAACAUUUAUAUAGUUUGAAAAUAUAAUUAGUAAUUUCCUGCAUUAAAUAAAUAUUAAGGUGGGUUAAAAAUGCCACAGUAUCUUAAAUUUUUUAGCAGUAGUGUUGAAAAGUUGUCAACUACAUGCAGAAGUAUAUAAAUUUUAUAACUCAAUAUUUUCUGCCGACGUCAAUGGCUCAAAAGUUGUAAAAAUGCUUUAAAAUUAAAUAAUUAAAAAUAAAACAUAUUCCUUGAAUUGACUAAUGAUAGCUUUUAAAAGUUACUGUUUCUUAAAUAUAUCUAUAGAAAUUUUAGAAUUAUAACCUUGUUAUAGUUUUGUUGCCACUGCGGCACCAAAGUUUGGAAUUGGUCCAAUCAAGGUAGUGUUUGGAGUUAAUUAGAUAUUGCAUAUUUUUUUAUUUAUGUCAGUUGAUUACUUUUUUGCACAGUCAUUAAUAAAUUUAAGAUACUUCCACUUUUUCUUCCCAUCCUAAUGUAUGUGUGGGGCAUCUUUCCUCAGAUUUGAAUAUAUAAUGCUUUAUAAUUUUGCUUAAAAAAUUAAUGAAAAUUUUAAGCAAAAAUUAUUUUAGCUCUUUAAAUAUAAAGAUCAUUUAAGAAAUCUAUUCAUGAGAAAUAUUCGCUAUGAGCGAUGCUAUAUUAUUACCGUUUAUUGAUAGUUGAAAUUCAAAUUGUUUUGUUUUAGUAGAAAAUUUUAUCAUUUAUUAAUUAGAAUAUUAGAACUUAUUUAUCAAAACAAAAUUAUUCUUUAGGUCAUUAAAAGCAAUCCAAGUUAUAAAACAAUGAUAUACUGAUUUUAGUUAAAUUAUUAUUACAUUUUUAAAUAUUUCGCUGAGCUAUCAAACUGGAUGGUAAAUGAGUAUAAAUUUGUCGUAAAAACUUUGAGCAAUAUAUAUCACUAUGUUUUAAACAAAUUUAAAAUUUAAACGAUUUGCAUUAAAAUUUAAAUGAUU